AUGGAAUAUUUGCCAGACAUAUUUUGUCAACACGGAAGCAAAAACCAAGAAACAAUAGAUCAAUUCCUCAAUGAACUUAAAAAUUUAUCUAAGGACUGUAAGUUCACUGCUGUUACAGCUGAGCAAUAUAAAUCUGAAAUGAUUCGCGAUGCGUUUAUAAAUGGCUUACUCUCCAAUAGUAUACGCCAAUGUUUACUAGAAAACAAAAUAUUAGACCUUUCAUCAGCCUUUGACCAAGCUAGAUUUUUAGACGUGGCCCAACAAAACUCAAACUUAUACUCACAAUUGACUAUAUCUUCCUCUGCCUCUAUUCAGGAAAUCAAAUCACCUUUACAAAAACAGUCCAUGACUGAUAAUCACUUAGCUGCUACAGCAAAAUCAAAACAAUUGUGCUGGUUUUGUGGAAACAUAAGACAUCCACGUACUAAAUGUCCUGCUCGCAAAGCUAUCUGUCACAAAUGUAAAAAGAUUGGUCAUUUUGAAAAACUUUGCAGAUCAUCUAAUGUUUCUGCUGCUAUUCCUAAAAUUGACGAUGAUUACUUCUGUGCCACCAUAUCAGCUUCAGCAAACUCUCUAUUCAGAGUUUGUCAUAACAUCAUUAUUAAUGAUAGAUAUAAAGCAGAAGCAUUAAUUGAUAGUGGAAGUACAAACAAAAGUUUUAUAAGCAACAAACUAGUGACCCUACUCCAUUUAAAUAUUAUUUAUGAACAGAGUGUAAUUGGAAUGGCAUCAGCUGCCUUAUCUGCAAAAUCAGAUGGAUAUUGUUAUGUCUCAAUAGCUCUUUUGAUUGUAAAGAAUAACCAUAUUAAUUAUGUUGGCUCAAAAGAGCUAUAA